AUGGAUGGGCCAAGUUCACGCCCAGGAUCACCAUCUGACGACGCACCCCCAGAAAACCUAUGGUCUUCCAUCCUUGAUUCUGUCUCCUCAACACGCGCUAUACCCUCGAAACAGAUUCUUAUACUUGGCCAGCCCCAGACCGGGAAGUCAACGUUGUCGGCAGCGCUGCUGCAGAAGGCUCCUGCAGAUGUCGCUGGACCUGGUAAUAAUGAGGUGCCACAGAGCGUAGACUUUGCUCUAGGUUACGAUUGGGCGGAUGUUAGGGACGAGGCAGACGAAGGCGCGUUCGUUCUCUUUCAUACAUUGGCGCGUUUGUCAGUAUACAACGUACCCUCAUCAGCACCGGCAUAUACCUCCUUGUUACCCCACUUUCUGCCGGCACGGACUUCGUUGCCACACACACUUGUGAUGAUCGUGCUUGACUGGACGCGCCCAUGGACCUUUGUAGAUGAACUUUUCACGUGGCUGACAUGGAUUGAGGACUGGGUAAAGGGAGAGACCCCACGAGAGCUCGUCAUCGCAAGGGAGGAGAACCGAGAACGACUGCAAGCAUAUCUUCAGCAUUAUACCGAGCCUUCGUCAGAACCUAUCCCCGCCUCCUCCGCCUCACAAGCGGCCAUCCUACCCCUCGGGCCCGGAAUAUAUACCCAUAACACCGCCGGCGUGCCCAUUAUUGUGACAUGUACGAAGUCGGAUCUGAUAGACGACAACCACAACGAUGUCGUUGGGGCUGGAGCGUCGGGGAUGGGAGGGAUGGUGAAGGGCAAAGGAGGCGAGUGGGAGGAGAGGACAGAUGGAGUCAUGCAGAUCUUGAGGACGGUUUGCCUGAAGUACGGAGCUUCAUUAUUCUACACUACACAACAACCCUCAACACUACAGAUUCUCCGACAAUACGCACUCCAUCUACUUUUCAUUCCGCCCGCACCCUCACCAGGCCUAUCCACCGGAACCGACGCCCCAGCACCCGUUCGCAACCCAUUCCCUUUCACACAGAAGCCUAAUACCCUAGACAGGGAUCGUAUCGUCGUGCCUGCUGGUUGGGAUAGCUGGGGUAAGAUCGCCGUUCUUCGAGAAGGGUUUGACGCGAAAGGUUGGGGCGAAGCAUGGGAGAGAGAUUUGGAAUCUGCCAACGAGGACGAGAACGCUGUCGGCGACGACGAGGUCGGUGCAAGGAAGAUGUAUUCACAGCUAGUGCCGGAUCAAGGCUACAAGCCGCCUCCCCUCCCACCCUUCAACAAUCCAAUCCCCGAACAAACCUUCCUCGCCAAAAACUACGACGAAAACUCCAAGAAGCCAGACCGCGACCCCCGAGGCAUGUUCCGCAACCCCACCGAAUCCACCGCCGGCGCAAACGCAGGGAUCGUCGGUCCUCUCAGCUCUUCAUCCUUCUCCAUGCCCAACGUCGAACGCGCUCUCACUGAGAUGGAAGCAUCGUCAGCGUUUACGCCAACAGGGCCAAUGUCUGCUGGUGGUAUCAACCUCGUUGGUCCAGAUUCGCCUGGUACACCGUUAGGAAGGAAAGGUUCAGGUCGCAAUCCUACGCGUGCUCCCAACGCAGGGAACGCAUCCGCAGCUGGUCCUGGCGCACGUUCUGACCUCUCAUCGUCGGUUAUGGGGUCGAGUCCUGGGUCGGGCGGACAGACGCAGCAUGAGGUAUUGCAGAAUUUCUUCCAGAGUCUAUUGAGCUCGAAGGAUAGGCCGGGGAGUGCGGCGGCGGCUAGAACGGGAGGGAAGCUUUCGACUGGGCCGAGUGGGAAUACAGCGAGGGUGACUAGUGAGGACAAAGGGGGUGCAAAUGGAGGAGGAAGCGGUGGUGGGAGCGGUGGAGCCGGGGCUGGGAGUAACAGGAGCAGUAUGGUUGGGCCUCCUGCGAGCGGGACGGGCGGCGGGAGUGGGAGUGGGACAGAGGAUGGGGCUUGA